CCUGGAUGCUCGUGUGCGUGAGUGCUGUGCGCCUGUGCGGUGCGUGCAAGUAAAAAACAGAAAACAGUGAGGGCAAGCCGGUUUCGUUUACAACAGGGCGUCGGAACUAUAGCUGUCCGCAUUUACCCGCGACAUCUAAGAUGCCGUAUGCCAAUCAACCAGCUGUCCACAUCACCGACUUGACGGAGGAUUCGGUCAAAUUCUACAUAGAGGACACGGACCUGAGCGUUGCGAACAGCUUACGGCGUGUUUUCAUCGCCGAAACGCCGACGAUGGCCAUCGACUGGGUGCAGUUGGAGGCCAAUUCAACAGUCCUCAGUGACGAGUUCUUAGCACACCGCAUCGGCCUCAUUCCUCUCACCUCGGACGACGUCGUGGAUAAAAUGCAGUACACCAGAGAGUGCUCUUGCAUAGAUUUCUGCCCAGAGUGUAGCGUCGAGUUCACCCUGGAUGUCAAGUGCACCGACGAUCAAACAAGGCACGUCACAACCGCCGACCUGAAGUCCUCAGACUCCAGGGUCAUCCCUGUGACGAGCAGACAGCGCGAAGAAGAGAACGAGUAUGGCGAGAACGAUGACAUUCUGAUCGUAAAGCUGCGCAAAGGACAAGAGCUGAAGCUGCGAGCCUACGCUAAGAAAGGAUUCGGAAAAGAACACGCAAAGUGGAACCCAACAGCGGGUGUCAGCUUCGAGUACGACCCUGACAACUGUCUCCGACACACCCUGUUUCCCAAGCCUGAAGAGUGGCACCCCAGUGAAUUUUCAGAGCUGCCUGAGGGCGAGGUCCAGGGAAAGUACAACUGGGAAGGGAAGGCAAACAAGUUCUUUUUGACCGUGGAAAGUGUGGGAUCACUCAAGCCCGAAACUAUUGUGUUGAACGGCGUCCGAGAACUGAAAACGAAAUUGUCAAAUUUGCAGACUCAGCUCAGUCAUGAAGUCAGGAUUGACGCUCUCGCAUGCUGAAUUAUAUUAUUCCCUCUUUGUCUUUUGUGGUACUUCAUUUCUUUCUCAAUAAAUGUAUCGUGUAACGGAAACUG